AUGGUCGACCAAGCUAUGGAUAACAUCAAAUCUGAUGUCCGAAGCGCUUUAAAAUGGCUUUCUGGUGUUUCAUUAGUCAGAGUAUCUCAAGCACAACCUCGAAAACAUAGUAAGUUUUAUUUUUUACAUUUAUUUGUAAAUUUACUAAGCUAAUAAGAAAGAUUAUGUUUGAUGUUGUAGUAGAUGUUAAAUAGCUAGUUACUCAAAGUAAAGUUGCUGGAUUAUGAUAAAACUUUAAUGAUAGUUAUAAUAAAGUAUGGAGAACGAUUUGUAGAAGUUUCAAGUUUUUAGUUUUUGAAAUCUGUCUGAAAACAUGAAUUUUCAGGUAACAUUCACUAGCUGAUGAUAGUAUUUUUUUUGUUAUAACUUUUUUUAAAUAAUGGCUAGAGACUUGGAAUUUUUAACCAAAGUAGACUGGUUACUUAUGCUGUUAACUAUCUUAUCAGAUUUUGAAAAUUUAUUUUGGUUUUGAGGAUACAGUAAUUUUACCGUGACUACCUCUUCAACAAUUUUUGUUAAUAAAAUUUUUGGUUGAAAUACGAGGUACCUUUUGAUGGAAAUAAUUUUGUCAAAUUUUAGUCAAGAAGCAAUCUACAUCAUGGCAGAAACAAGCUCGGCUCAACGACAUUCAAGCAGAUCAAGUAUACCUGAACAGCUUUGGUAGUAUCAACCUUCCAUAA